UGCAGCCGAGCCCGCAGCGGCUGGACACGUGGCCGCACGAUGCUGGUGCUGUUCGAGACCGCGGCCGGCUACGCUAUCUUCAAGGUCCUGGAUGAGAAGAAGCUCCAAGAAGUUGACAGCUUAUGGAAAGAAUUUGAAACUCCUGAAAAAGCAAACAAAAUAGUGAAGCUGAAACAUUUUGAAAAGUUUCAGGAUACAACAGAAGCACUUGCUGCAUCCACAGCUCUGGUAGAAGGCAAACUCAGCAAGAACUUGAAGAAAAUUCUGAAGAAGAUAGUAGCAAAAGAUGCCCAUGAGCAACUGGCUAUAGCAGAUGCCAAACUUGGAGGUGUCAUAAAGGACAAACUGAACUUAAGUUGUAUCCAUAGUCCAAUGGUUACAGAGUUGAUGAGGGGCAUACGUUCACAAAUUGAGGGGCUUAUCACAGGCCUUCCUUCACGGGAAAUGGCAGCAAUGUGCCUAGGAUUGGCACACAGCCUCUCCCGAUACAAGUUGAAAUUCAGUCCAGACAAAGUGGAUACAAUGAUCGUCCAGGCAAUCUCCCUUCUUGAUGAUCUGGAUAAAGAGCUGAAUAACUAUAUCAUGCGUUGUAGGGAAUGGUAUGGCUGGCACUUCCCUGAACUGGGCAAGAUCAUUACAGAUAACUUAACAUACUGUAAAUGUGUGCAGAAAGUCGGAGACAGAAAAAACUUUUCUUCCUCUGACCUCUCUGACAUCUUGCCUGAGGAGAUUGAGGUGGAUGUGAAGGCUGCUGCAGAGAUCUCCAUGGGGACAGAAGUAUCAGAAGAAGACAUAAGCAAUAUACUGCAUCUCUGUGAGCAGGUGAUUGAAAUCUCAGAGUACCGUACACAGCUGUAUGACUAUCUGAAGAACAGAAUGAUGGCCAUCGCACCUAACCUCACUGUCAUGGUUGGGGAAUUGGUUGGAGCAAGGCUUAUUGCACAUGCAGGUUCCCUUUUGAAUCUGGCGAAACACCCAGCUUCCACUGUUCAGAUUCUGGGUGCUGAGAAAGCACUCUUCCGGGCCUUGAAGUCUAAGCGAGACACACCCAAGUUUGGCCUCAUCUAUCAUGCUUCCCUUGUGGGUCAAACAACACCCAAGAACAAAGGAAAGAUCUCUCGAAUGCUAGCAGCCAAAACAGCCUUGUCUAUUCGGUAUGAUGCCCUUGGAGAAGACAGCAGUGCUGAACUGGGAGCUGAGAGCAGAUUAAAAGUAGAGACCAGAAUGAGACAAUUAGAAGAGAAGGGGAUAAGAAGAAUAAGUGGCACAGGAAAGGCCUUGGCCAGGGCAGACAAAUAUCAGCACAAGAGUGAAGUGAAAACAUUUGACCCAUCUGGUGACUCUACGCUUCCUACUGUUGCAAAGAAGCGCAAAAUUGAGGAGGUGGAAGAAGAGGAGACAGAGGUUAAAAUAAAAGCAAAGAAGAUCAAACUGGAACCCAAAGAACAGGCAAAUGCAGAAGAAGGCGAAGUUGUGAAAAAGAAGAAAAAGAAAAAAGAGAAAAAACAUAGAGCUGAGGAAGAGGCCGCUUUGGCUGAGGAGCCAUGCACUAGUACAGAAGUUGAGAGUUCAGAGAAGAAGAAGAAGAAGAAGAAAAUCAAAGAGCAAGAAGACUAAGAGGGAAAAUUGAACCCUUUUGGUCUCUGCUUCUCAUACUAUUCUCUGGAACAGUUUCCCUUAAGUUCUUCUUCAGAACCUUCCUGUACUGAGAGGGAGGGCAAGUGGAAGAUGAAUUUGACAGCCAUCUCCUGUGUUUUCCUAGAACAGAGUAUUUCAAUUGUCUCUGCUCCUAGGAAGGCCACUAACCUUUUAUAAUUCCUCUAAUUGAUGAGGUCACAAUAUGUCCUUUACUCUUACAGUCAUUUCUUGUGAUAAUAAAAAAACUUGCCUUUUGUAUAGAUUUUUGAGCCAAGUUUUGUUUUACCUUAUUCCAGUUUGUUGGCACGUAACUCAUUUCUGUAACAUUUCUACAUUCAUUGAAUUAUGUUCAGUUUAUAACCAGUAAAAGAAAAGAAAAUCUGGUAUUCUCAA